CUGUGCGCAUUACCAACGUGUGUGAGUGUGCCUGUGCGCCAGACUGCUUGUCUGAAUGUGUCAUGCUUUUUACUGCACUUUGUUGGUGAUUAACUGUUCACCUUUUACGGUUGGGAAAGUGUUGUUGUCAUUCAGCGGGAAAGGAAGGAGGAGGGGAGAGAGAGGGAGGGAGGUGCAGGAGGAAAAGGAGUGGCUUUCUGUAGAUAGCUGUCCUUUCUGCCAGAGCUCGCCCUCUCAGUGGCGGUUUAGGAGUAACAAUAGAGGAGCAGACCGGGAGUGCCGAGACAGAGAGGGAAAGACAGAAUACAGAGCUGACGCCCACAUUUUUCACUCAGCAUCAUGGCGUCGGCUGCUCCGCAGAAGAGGAUGGUUUCCUCGGUCUUCAUCACGCUGACGUCCCCUUACAGAGCCACCGUCACUCAGCACCAACACACGCGCACACACAGUGCCACCGCCAAUGACAUGCCACAUGCAGCCAUGCGGGUUAGCCCAGAGGACAGCAGCACCCGUAAGCCCAGUGUCAGUGACACGCAGCAUGGUUCCAUACAUAGGCAAGAGAGGACUCCAUCUGAGUCCCAGGGCAGUGCACAGAAUGGGGACCAGAGCUCCACACCUUCCCUGGCCAGACCCUCAAGACCCAGACCUCCACCCAGCCCAGUGACCCCUAACCUCACCCUGGGUCCGGAAGACACGCAGCAGACAGAUACCGCAGCAUACAAGGGUCCUGAGGAGCUCCCUCCUCCACCUCCCCUUCCUCCUGUGUCUGUGGAUGCUGAACUGACGGAGGAUCUUGCACCUCUCCUGCCUCCUCCACCCGUACAGGAGACGCCAACUGCUCCCAUCCUCCGACCUGUGUAUCCAGACAGACCAACAGUGUCUGAACAACCGAACUUUGCAGUGAAUAGACCGCCAGAGCAAAGAACACCAUCUAGUGGGGGGGAACAGAAGGAACCGUCCCAGGAGCAGCUACAGAUGGUGGAGAGCAAGGAGGUGUGUGGCUUCUGCCGUAAGCCUGUGGCUCUGAGUGAAACUGCCAUAGAGGCUCUGAACAGGACAUACCACGCCAGUUGCUUCCAGUGCAGACAGUGCCAUAUCCCUCUGGCUGGUAAACUGUACUACAAUAAGGCAGGAAUACCACUCUGUGAGGACUGUUACCAGGCCAGUUUGGAACUUUGCUGGGCAUGUGGGGAAGUUAUCAAAGACCAUGUUAUCCGUGCACUGGAAAGAGCUUACCACCCACCUUGCUUUAUCUGUGCGACGUGCAGCCAACCAAUUGGAGAGCAGAGAUUCGCUCAGGGAGAGGUUGGGGAAGUGUAUUGCCUCCAGGAUUACUACAGGAAAUACGCUCCCCAGUGUAGUGCCUGCCAGCAGCUGAUCAUUCCAAGAGAGGAUGGCACGGACAGCUUCACCGUGGAGUGCCUGGGACGCUCCUUCCACGAGGACUGCUAUCGCUGUGAGGUCUGCAGUACCCAGCUCUCCCCAGAGCCAAACGACCAUGGCUGCCAUCCACUGGAUGAGAGGGUGCUGUGUAAGUCUUGUCACCUGACCAUGGUUCAGUCUGCCCAGCUCUAAUACUGAACUCAGAACCAGGGCCCAUAUUCAGGGUUUGGGAGUAACUGAUUACAUGUAUCUGAUUACAAAAAAAACUUUACCUUUAACCAGGUACGUUACCAGCAAUGUAAUCCCAUUACAUGUAAUGUAAUCCUAUUACAGAUACAUUUGAAAAUGUACCCUCUUGGAUUAAUUUUAAAUUUAGGAAGAAUGUUUGCGAAGUGAUGACACCUUUUUGUUUUCUCAAUGACAUUUAAUUCAGCGUUGGAAAAAUGUGUUCGUUUAAGUGUGCUCCACCUGAGCGGGUCUGAACACAAGUCCGAGACCACUAUGAUGACACAUCAAAUGUUUGAUGGAUCCUUUUUGUCUUCUUUAAUGCCUCGUAGGGGGAAAGUAAUCAAAAAGUAAUAUGAUUACAUUACUGAGUUUGGGUAAUCCAAAAGUUAUGUUACUGAUUGCAAUUUUGGACAGGUAACUAACUAGUUACUGUAACCAAACUAAUUACAUUUAGAAAUUACCAAACUCUGCCCGUAUUCAUAAAGCGUCUCAGAAAAGCAGCCACGGUCUAGAAUCAGUUUUGCCUUUUAGAUCGUAAUGAAUAAGAUUGAAUGGAAAGGGCAGACCUGAUCCUAGAUCAGCAUUCCUACUCUGAGAUCCUUUAUGAAUACGGGCACAGGAACCAGGGUGGGACGCUCCAACUGUGCAAUGUGGCAUAUGGAGAGACAGGCUGAAAGUCAACGGAGUAGGUCCUGAUUGGAUUGUAAAGGAGAAAUAUCGAUGAAACUGGGAAAGAAGACGAGCCUUCCUAGUUCUGCAUCAUGGGAAUAAGUCGUUGGACUUCGAAUGUAACAAACUUUCUUCAUCACACAGCAUUUAGAAAUGAUUUGCAAUUAUUGUUUACGUAGCAAGACAUGUUUAUCAAUUGCCUCCUAUACUUCUUUCAUAAUUGAUACUUUUGCACUCUUUUUUUUUUUUUUUACCCACACUAGUAAAUGCACCAAAGAUAUUUAUUCAACAUACAUUUUCAAGUAUUUUGUCGUAUGCAUUCUUUGAAUAUUAUGUAGUGCUCAGUGCUGUAUGUUCAUUCUCAAUAUAUCCUUUCAUAUGAGAAAAUAAACUAAUAUAUUAUA